AUGUCUCAACAAACACCAACUUCCCCAAAGGUUCUCGAGGGAAUCACCGUCGGCAAGAAGGGAGGCGCUUCCUUCACUGAGAAGCUCGCCCCAGACGCAUUGAAGUUCUUCAAUGAGGUUGCUGCCCAAUCAUUCUCCCAACAGGCUGUUGCUUUCUUGAACGCCUACUGGGUUGAGCUCAGCACCGAGGCUGAGUUCAUCUACGCUGUCGCUUGGGACAUCAUCAAAUACGCUGACAUGCACUGCAAGGGUGUCCAGUUGGUCUACAAGUACGAUGAGGGUAACGACCUCGACUUUGACAUUGCUCUCUACUUCUAUGAGCAGUUGUGCAAGUUCUGUGAGGACCCAAAGAACUCCCAAUACCAGCAGUACAAGCAGUCACUCCCAGUGAUGAUGACUGCCCUCAAGAGAAAGCAGGAGUUGAGAGAGAAGGUCGACGUCAACUUUGACGGUCGUGUCUCCUUCUUGGAGUACUUGCUCUACCAAUACCAGGACAAGGCUAACCCAGCCGACUUCUGCACCCGUUCGAUGGGUCACGACGAGCAUCCAGAGAUCAAGAAGGCCCGUCUUGCCCUCGAGGAGGUCAACAAGCGUAUCCGUGCCUACGAGGAGGAGAAAGCCCGUUUGACCGCUGAGUCCCAGCUCAACGGAGGCCAGGGUGUCAAGGCCCUCGGUGCCAAGAACAUGUUGGCCCAGAUCGACGCCGGUCCCCUCAAGGAGGAGCUCAACAAGGCUCUCAUCACCGCCGAGGCUGCCGUCCGUAUUGCUUGCAAGAAGUACGGAGGUCAGUCCUUCGUCCCAGGUCAGGCUGGUGGUCACUCUUCCGAGGGUGCCCUCUGGUGGUUGAACCGUGACCUUGAGGAGAAGAAGAGAAGAUACGGACCAAAGGCCAAGUAA